GGAGCUACUAUGACUCACUUCACGGAAGGAAGGACAGAAGAGCCAUGGCUGUUUUAGGUUUGCUGCUCCUACUACUCCUAUUUCUUCAGCAGCCAGAAUGGAUAGAGAGCAAGGAUGACAGGGCUGUGAUCCUUUCUGCCAUGGAGAAAGCAACUGUCUUCAUGAAGAAAAGACACAGGGAGCUCAACCUGGAUGGAGUGUUGGGCUUUCGGAUAUUAGAAGCUCAGCUGAAAGGUGUCGAAGACAAGUGGGACCUGAACCCCGCCAUGCAGUCUCUGAAACUACGAACAGAGAAGAUCAGUACCAAACUGUCAUCACUCAUCACCUCGGCCAUUUACUUCCUGGAACUGCAGGACUCCAACUACUUAAAAAAAUUCAAUCAGACUCUCCAGUCGGGGUUUUGGAAGCUCUCUCACUCUUGGGAUCACACGAAUAUCACCACGGUGGACAACUACUUGAAGAAGUCAGACUCUUUUUCAGAGGAGCUGAGUGAUUCGUGCAUGUCUUUUUUGCUGGGAACGUGGCAGGAGGAUGGCAAGCCCUGCAUCGUCACUGACACUUGCAGGGACCUUAUGACCCAACCUGGCACCCAGGGCUAUAUGUUGUCUCACCAGCUCCUCUACUUUAUGUUGGCUGAAAUGAAAGGCUGCUCAGAUGACCUGUUCCUCAGUGGCCAAUAUUACAAGAACAAUUUAUGUGCAAACAUGAUGAAAGUGAACUUGGCUAUUGAAAAUGCUGGAUUCCAGGUUCCUGAUCGUGAUCUCUUCAUGGAAAAUAUUAUGUUUUGUGGUAUCUGUGGCUUCUCCGAUUUCUACAAGCCCCACUGGCUAGAGAUCAUCCUCACCUGGCAGAGACCGGAAGGAUGCUUCGGGAAACCCCAUAUGAAUUCAAGUCCAAUAACCACAGUUGGUCGGAAUGAACAGCAAUUUUUAAGAAGAGUUAAGAGACGAGAUAAAGGAUUUGCAGAUGGCUGUUCCUCCCACAACACAGCUGUGGCAGUUGGGGCCUUGGGGGGCUUCCUCUACCACCUUGCGGACCCCUCACAUGCUGGCACUGAGCCCAGCGAGAGCUUCACACCGAGCGGACAGCAACUGAAGAGAAGCAGCACAGCCUAGUAAGAAACAGCGUGAACUAUUUGAAGGAGCCCGGGCCUGGGAGUCAGAGGAUCUGGGUUCUGAUCCCUGCUCAGCCACUUAUCCAUUGAAUGACC